GGGGCCAGCGUGGUGCUGUACCGUAGUGAGGAGCUGAGAAAAUACCAGAUCUUCGCGUACUCAGGAUGGCCAGGAGGGUUGUUUGGGUCGCCGAGCAUGGCGGGAAGUCGACCAGGUGGUACCAUCGCUGCAGCCUGGGCAGCUAUGAGGGUUUUAGGGGAGGACGGGUACACAGAUAUCGCCAGUCAACUGAUGAACGCUAGGGCCAAAGUUCUGGACGCUGUGCGCAAUAUUCCUAGCCUGCAGGUGGUUGGUGAGCCCCACAUGACCAUAUUUGCACUGAUGUCAGCAGAUCCAAAAUUUGAUAUACUGGUAUUGGCAGAUAUCCUAGAGAAUAAAGGCUGGAAGAUUGAACGCCAGCAACUUCCAAUUUCUAUUCACUUCACGCUGAUGCCUCAUCAUCUGAAUGUGCUGGACGGUUUCAUUGCAGACCUGAAGGCGGCGGCAGAGGAUGUGAAGGCAAACCCUGGCCAGUCAGCUGGCGGCACUGCAGCCAUGUACGGUAUGAUGGCCAAGAUUCCGGACAAAGGAAUUAUUGACGAUUUCAUCGUGGAGUUCUUCAGCGAGAUGUACAAGAAUUAACUCUCCAUACUUUCGAUACCGACACUUUUCUUUUGCUGGAAGGCUUAAAUUUGAAAGUACUCGAAGUAAAUUUUAUGACCAGACCAAAUAUCAGCGAGAUGUAUAAGAAUUAACUGUCGAUACUCUCGAUGCCGACAAUUUUCUUUUGCUGGUAGAUUUAAGUUGGAAGUGCUCGAACUAAAUGUUAUGAUCAAAUAUCGGCGAGAUGUACAAGAAUUAAUUGUCGUUACCCGUACCGAAAAUUUUCUUUUGCUGGUAGAUUUAAGUUGGAAGUGCUCGAACUAAAUUUUAUGAUCAAAUAUCAGCGAGAUGUACAAAAAUUAACUGUUGAUGCUGGCACUUUUCUUUUGCUGGUAGAUUUAAGUUGGAAAUACUCGGAACUAAAUUUUAUGAUCACAUAUCCGGGUGCUUUCUUUUCUUAUUUAGAAAGAAAGGCAUUUUUUAUCCCCAAGUGGUCUAUUCCUCGCCUUAAAGAGGAUCAUGUUAAAGACAAGAAUAUUUGUUAUCUCUGAAUUAUCCGUGCGUUUCCUUUUUUAAUUUCAAUACUGCUGAAAAGUAAGGUCAUAGUUUAGUGAUCUUUAGGAAAGCACGCUGCGUACGUUUUACUCUACCUGGGCU